CCCCCCCCCCGCCCCUCUCGUCUGCCCCGCCCUCCUUUCCUGCUCCCUUCCCCUGCUCCCUGCUCCCCGACCCCAGAGCGCACGCUAUCCACCAUGUCCGCCCCCGAGCCCACCGCCAACACCGAGCCGCUGCAGCUGGCCGGCGCCGACGUCGGGAUCCCCGAGCCGACGGAGAUCGACGUGCCCCCGGUUCCCACUCGGCUGGAGAUCGAGGGCCUGGUCGUGGAGGCCUUCGCCUCCGGGUUGACCAACACCCUGAUGCCGACCAUCCAGUCGCUGGACUCCAGUGUCCUGCAGGCGCGCGAGUGUCAGGUUCGCCUGCUGACGCAGGUGGAUCGUCUGUCCGGUGAGCUCCACCGCUUCGUCAACCAGUCCUCGACGCCGAUCCUGGACAAGCAUGUCGCGCGACUCCUCUCCUUGAAGAAGCGCAUCGAGGCUGUCAACCGGUCGCUCGCCGGCACGCGCCAGGUCGUCGACCGGAUGAUGGCCCAGGUCAAUGCCCCGCAGCGGCCCUAGGAGGCUCCCGCGGAUGUCGCGACGCAUACAGCACCCCGCCCGAUGUGUCUUUUGCCGCCCGGUGCUGCCCCCCCCCCCUCUUCCGCGAUCCCCCGCCCCUUUGCCUGGUCGCGCCAAAAUACGAAACCCGAGACAACCCGCGUA